AGAAAACGAAAAAGGGAAAGAGUGGGCGAUCGAGAUCGAGAUCGAGAUCGAGAGGAGAGGUUAAGCGGGUAGAUGCCGAAGUCAUCAUCCCCAUCGCCCACCAUAACCCCUAUGAACCCCAUCAAAACUCAUCCCCAAAACCUAACCCUAAACGCAGCCUUAGGUCUAACACACCACGCAGCCGCAGAUGGCGUAGUCGUCUCCACCGACGACGAUGCAGACUAUAUAUUCCAAUCCUACCACCUGCACUCCGAAUCUCUUCUCCUGGAUGACGACGACGACACGGAGCACGAGCCCCCCGUUUGCAACCCUAACAACUCUAGCCCCACCGGAACCCUAGAUGACAACCAUCCCGAAUCACCGUUCUCCUCCCUCCUCCUUCGAGACCCUGACAUGGACGAUGAGGAGGAAGAGGAUGACGAACUCCCUGCCCCCGCCGGCCCCGGCGGUGUGGUCCAUGGUCCUGACUUUGAGCGGAAGACCGACCCCAAGCACUCCUCCGACGCUUUCAUAUUGGCUGCAGCGAUGCCGCACGUCGACCCUUCGCCGCACAUCUCCUCUCAGUUCUACACCUUCAACCGCGAUUCCCAUGCGUUGAUGAUUCGCUGCAUCCUUGAGAGACGACUGGCGACGCCGAACGAAAUCCGGCAGGCAACGCCUCGGUCGGUGCUGAAGUCUUGGCGCUUGGUUUGGAAGGACCGGAACGAGGACACCGCGUACCUUACGGCGUGGAAGCGGAUACAGGACAAGCUCCACGCACAUAUCGACGACCAUGGUAACCCCUCUCUUUACUUUAAGAACAACACGGCACAAUGCGUCUCCCAUUUCGAGCAAUGGCAGGACAUAGUCGCCUCUUUCCAUGCGGACCCUGACCUUCUCCGGCACCUUGGUCUCAAGGAGACGGUUGACAGAAUCAAGCAGUCAUGGACAGUUGGAGCCAAAUUUUAUGGCAUCCCUGAAUCCUUCAUUCGUGAUUGCAUAUCUUCAUGUCCCAUUUGUUCCUCAUCCACCUCCAUUGCUGGCGCAUCUUCGUGCAGCGGAGGUGCUUCUUCCCGAUCCAAGCGGCGCAGAUUUGAAUACACCGAGUCGUUUGACGUCCCGGCCAAGGACGUGCCUCGCAGGCUUCAGCAGCUGGCCGCCAAGCACAAGGUAGUUCUUUGCAUCCGUCAGAAGUAUAUAAGGUACAAACCCUUUAUGGCGGAGGUAAAGGAUUAUACAUGCCACCGUGCUGGAGAACCUUCAUCUGUUUCAGCAUCAACCUCUACAAAGAAGCCAAGGGUUCUGAAGAGGGAGCCUUACCAGUCAAAACGAUGUGGCUGUGGGUUUCGUAUCCGAGCCAUUGUACCCAUUGCCAAUUAUAAUGAAAAAGACAAGACUUUUGUAUACCUCGAGGAGGGCACAGCUGUGUUCAAGCUCUAUGCUGUGCAUUCUGGGCAUGAACCAGGCCCCCUAGAUGGAAAUGCAAGGAUUAUUCACAGGGUGGUAGGCCACAAGGGCGGUUUAGAAUUUGACCCUGUGGUUUAUGGGGUCCGAGAGGAUACAGAAUCUGAAACUUUUGUAGACCUUAUGGUUAAGGAAGAUGGUUGUGAUAGCCAUCACACCAUUCUACAGAAAAUCCAGGAAUUGAGGGUGGAGGCUGGCUUGUUAGAGGGUAAGAUGGCUAAGAUGCCACCAGAGUUGCUCAGUACACUUUCACGUGAGUUGACAGAUACUCUGAACAGGCUCAGGAGUUUUACAGGUCAACAACUUUCUGAGGAAUCCUUAGUUAUGGGUGAUGAUAGCAUAGGGCAGUGGGGAAGUGAGCAAAAUCAUGAUUUUGAUGAGCAUGGCAGGAUAUUUGGCAAUAAGGAUGCUGAACUCAUUGAAGAGGAUGAAACUGAUUUUCAUUCAACCCUUGGGCCCAUUGUGCCAUGGGGUUCCAUGGCAGUAGAGUGCCAGGAGCAGAAGAUUCUCAUGGGGGAUAGCUGCAAGUCAGUCAAAUGGUUAUUGAAGGAAGAUUGUAGUGUCUUUGAUGAAAAGAGUAUACUUAAUUGUGGUGAGGAUGAGGACUCAAAGUUAAUAAAGCCUUUGAGGCAUGAAGAAAACAUUGCAAUGCAGGUUGAUGGGUUCUACCCCGAAAAUACAAAGUGGUAUGAUUCCCCUGUUGGUUUGGAUACUGUAACAGAUUCUGGAGACGGUGGGUUUAGGCAUGGAGGACUAGUGUGAGUGAGUGUUUAGGAGUACUUUUUUAUUCUCCCGAGGUACUUAUAGAAGGAACUUUGUGCAUUAUGUAUACUAAAGACAGUUGGAUUUCACCUCUUUUAAAAGUUGGCACAAACAUUUAUUUUUGAAAUUUUCAUUCCGUGCUUCUGUUGGCUUUUAUGCCUGGCUACCUUACCAACGAAGUCAAUUUUUAUAAGGUUG